AUGAGGGCUAAAGCUUAUUUUCAGUGGCCUGGAAUGAAGAGUGACAUCAUAGAAUUUGUGACAUCUUGUGAUAUUUGUCAAAGGAAUAAGGGUGAUCACAACUAUCCAACUGGAUUACUUCAUUCAUUGCCAAUUCCUGAUCAUGCUUGGCAACAUAUAACCAUGGAUUUUGUGGAAGGUCUACCAAAGUCUGGAGGGAAGGAUGUUUUUAUGGUGGUAGUAGAUAGGCUUACUAAGUAUGCACACUUUAUAGCUCUUAGUCACCCCUUCACUGCCUCAACAGUAGCUCAACACUUCCCCAACAAUGUAUUCAAUGUACACGGGCUACCAGUCUCCAUCAUUUCAGGCAGAGACAAGAUUUUUACAAGCAACUUUUGGCAGGACCUCUUCACAUCCAUUGGAACUAUCUCUGUUACUACAUCAGUGGUUGAUGUUGAAGUAUAUAUCAAGGAAAAGGAUCAAAUGCCCAGCUUACUCAAAGAGACUCUCCAAAAGGCUCAAGACAUAAUAAAGAUUUUUGCUAAUAAGAAGAGGGAGGAUAGAUCAUUCCAGGUAGGAGAUGAAGUUUACCUGAAGUUGCAGCCAUAUAAACAGACUACUGUAUCCUCGAGGAGAAACCUCAAGAUGUUAGCCAAGUACUAUGGGCAUUUUACAGUGAUAGAGAAGAUUGGUGCAAUGACUUAUCGUCUCCAGUUACGACCAGACACCAAGGUACACCCUGUAUUCCAUGUAUCACAUCUUAAAAACAAAAUAGGCGUUACCGUUAUUCCUUAUCCUCUACUUCCUCUAGUCGAUCAACAAGGGCAAUUUAAAGUCAAGCCAACAGCCAUAUUGGAGGAAAGAGUUACACUGCUCAACAACAUCUCAGUCCCACAACAUUUGGUACAGUGGGUUAACUCAAACCUGAAGAUGCUACUUAGGAAGAUACAACCAAUAUCAGGGCAAGUUUCCCAAAAUUCUAUCCUUGAGGUCAAGGAUCCUUUGAGGGGGGGAGGUAUUUUCAUGUAA